ACGGCAAAUUUAUAUAAAUAUUUAUUUUUUUAUUUUGCAAUUUCAGUAGUUCUCUCUCCCUCCCUCUCUAAAAGCUCUUUCUGUUUCUCUCUCCGCUGCCAACUGAUUACAAGAUCGUGCUAUUUUCCUGGAGUUUCUCUCACUUUCUCGCUUCAUAUUUUUAUCCCAACCCGAACUUCGCUAGCCUAGAAUUGCUUCGAUCAUCCAAAUCAGUCGCGUUUCACUUCAUUUUCCUACGAUUUCUCCUCCACAAAAUCCGGUAGCUACUCUUCUUGAAGUUUACUUCACUAGAGGAGCUCUUCUCGAUUGAGUGAAAGCUUGAGCUGUGGGAGGGGAACAGUGUAAUUGAAGUGCUGCAUCCGAAGGAAUUGGAGUAUAACUUUGUGAUCGUGAUGGUAGAAUUGAGGUUUCGCGGAGAUUCGCGGUUGCUUCAUUGCGUGGCUUUAGGGUUUAGUUGCCGUGUUAGGUUCUUGGAUGAGUUAGUGAAUGGAAGGUUUUGGUUUUGAGAAUGGAUGAGGUAAAGAUUUCGUAGUUUUCAGAAUUUAAGGUGGGGUUUUUGUAUCUUCGUAAUGUUGAGGACCGAUAGGAUGGCUUCGGAUCUUAGCCGAANGGGCCCCGUUGAGAGGGAUAUUGAGCAGGCCAUUACCGCUCUAAAGAAAGGGGCUUACCUGCUCAAAUAUGGAAGAAGGGGAAAACCCAAGUUUUGUCCAUUCCGCCUUUCAAAUGAUGAAUCUGUUUUGAUAUGGUUCUCGGGGAAAGAAGAGAAACAUCUUAAACUGAGCCAUGUAUCUAGGAUCAUAUCUGGGCAACGAACUCCUAUCUUUCAAAGGUAUCCACGACCUGAAAAGGAGUAUCAGUCAUUCUCACUUAUCUAUAAUGACAGAUCACUUGAUUUGAUCUGCAAGGACAAAGAUGAAGCUGAGGUGUGGUUUAGUGGCUUAAAAGCAUUGAUUUCCCGUAGUCAUCAUCAGAAAGGGAGAACAGAAUCGAGAAGUGAUGGGAUUCCAUCUGAAGCAAAUAGCCCUAGGACAUAUACACGGAGGAGCUCUCCUUUAAAUUCUCCAUUUGGUAGUAAUGAUAGCUUGCAAAAGGACAGUGCUGAUCACCUUCGCAUUCAUAGUCCAUAUGAAAGUCCCCCAAAGAAUGGCCUGGAUAAGGCAUUUUCAGAUGUAAUAUCAUAUGCUGUUCCUCCCAAGGGAUUUUUCCCUUCUGAUUCUGCCAGUGCAUCAGUGCAUUCUUUGUCAUCAGGGGGCUCUGAUAGUGUGCAUGGUCACAUGAAGGGUAUGCCUAUGGAUGCUUUUAGAGUCAGUCUAUCCAGUGCUGUUAGCUCCUCAAGCCAAGGUUCUGGUCAUGAUGAUGGUGAUGCCUUGGGGGAUGUUUUCAUCUGGGGAGAAGGCACAGGGGAUGGUGUUUUGGGUGGUGGAACUCAUAAAGUUGGAAAUUAUUUUGGCAUCAAAAUGGACUCCUUACUACCAAAAGCUUUGGAAUCUGCUGUGGUACUUGAUGUCCAAAAUAUUGCCUGUGGGGGACGGCAUGCUGCCUUGGUGACAAAGCAAGGUGAGAUUUUUUCCUGGGGUGAGGAAUCUGGAGGCAGGCUUGGUCAUGGUGUUGACUCUGAUGUUCAGCAUCCAAAACUUAUUGAUGCACUAAGUAACACCAAUAUUGAACUUGUCGCAUGUGGUGAGUACCAUACUUGUGCUGUUACACUUUCUGGUGAUCUAUACACAUGGGGUGAUGGCACCUAUAAUUUUGGACUUCUUGGGCAUGGAAAUGAUGUAAGUCAUUGGGUCUCAAAAAGAGUAAAUGGGCCCUUGGAAGGCAUACAUGUCUCAUCUAUCUCUUGUGGACCUUGGCAUACAGCUGUUGUAACCUCUUCUGGGCAGUUAUUUACUUUUGGGGAUGGAACCUUUGGUGUUCUGGGCCAUGGAGAUCGGAAAAGUGUUUCACUGCCAAGGGAAGUGGAAUCCUUAAGGGGGCUCCGCACUGUCCGAGCUGCUUGUGGUGUGUGGCAUACUGCUGCAGUUGUAGAAGUCAUGGUUGGGAAUUCCAGUUCCAGUAACUGCUCUUCAGGGAAAUUGUUUACAUGGGGUGAUGGAGAUAAGGGUCGACUAGGCCAUGGUGACAAGGAAGCAAAACUUGUGCCUACUUGUGUUGCUGCUCUUGUUGAGCCCAAUUUUUGUCAAGUUGCCUGUGGUCAUAGCCUGACAGUUGCACUUACUACAGCAGGCCAUGUCUAUACAAUGGGCAGUCCCGUUUAUGGCCAACUUGGAAACCCACAUGCAGAUGGAAAGCUUCCUGCCCAAGUUGAAGGUAAGCUUUCCAAGAGUUUCGUGGAGGAGAUAGCUUGUGGUGCUUAUCAUGUUGCAGUUCUAACUUCAAGAACCGAAGUAUACACUUGGGGAAAGGGAGCAAAUGGUCGUUUAGGUCAUGGGGAUAUAGAUGAUAGAAAUUCCCCAACACUAGUCGAAGCUCUAAAAGACAAGCAAGUCAAGAGUAUUGCUUGCGGUACCAACUUUACAGCAGCUAUCUGUCUUCACAAGUGGGUUUCUGGAGUUGAUCAAUCCAUGUGUUCUGGUUGCCGCCUGCCAUUUAAUUUUAAAAGAAAGCGUCAUAAUUGCUACAAUUGUGGGCUAGUUUUUUGCCAUUCAUGCAGCAGUAAAAAGUCUCUUAAGGCUUCUAUGGCACCAAAUCCCAACAAACCUUAUCGCGUCUGUGAUAAUUGUUUCAAUAAACUCAGAAAAGCCAUUGAAAUUGAUGCCUCAUCCCAUGCUUCUGUGAGUAGAAGAGGAAGCAUCAAUCAGGGGGCUAAUGACUUUAUUGAGAAAGAUGAGAAGUUUGAUUCCAGAUCUCAAGGACAGCUUGCCAGAUUUUCUUCAAGGGAAUCCUUGAAGCAAGUAGAAGGCCGGUCUAAGAGAAAUAAGAAACUAGAAUUUAAUAGCAGUCGUGUCUCUCCGGUACCAAAUGGAGGUUCCCAAUGGGGUGCACUGAACAUAUCUAAAUCUUUUAAUCCAGUUUUUGGAUCAUCCAAGAAAUUUUUCUCAGCUUCUGUUCCUGGAUCUAGAAUUGUUUCUCGAGCAACAUCACCAAUAUCAAGGCGGCCAAGCCCACCUCGUUCAACGACUCCAACUCCAACUCUGGGAGGACUAACAUCACCGAAGGUUGUUGUGGAUGAUGCCAAGAGAACCAAUGAUAACCUUAGUCAAGAGGUUAUUAAAUUAAGAGCACAGGUGGAGAAUCUUACCCGUAAAGCCCAGCUUCAAGAAGUUGAACUUGAAAGAACAACUAAACAGCUAAAAGAGGCAAUAGCAAUUGCUGGAGAAGAGACUGCAAAAUGCAAAGCAGCAAAGGAAGUUAUCAAAUCACUUACUGCCCAAUUGAAGGAUAUGGCUGAAAGGUUGCCCGUUGGAGCAGCACGGAAUAUCAAGUCUCUCUUCACUUCAUUUGGCUCCAGUCCCGGUUCCAACGAUGUUCCUGCCACUCUGGACCGGCUAAAUGACCAAAACCAAACAGCAUGCCAAGAACCAGUGUCAAAUGGAUCAAACAACCAUUCACUCCCUAAUGGAACCGUCAAUGGCGGUAACCGUUCAGUUCAGAGCAAACAAGGACAUACAGAAGCAACAACUAGAAAUGGGAGUAGAACAAAAGAAGGUGAAUCUCGUAAUGAUAAUGAAUGGGUUGAGCAAGAUGAGCCUGGUGUAUAUAUUACGCUUACAUCCUUGCCUGGAGGUGCCAAGGAUCUCAAGCGAGUUCGCUUCAGUCGAAAGCGGUUUAGUGAGAAACAAGCAGAGCAAUGGUGGGCAGAGAAUAGAGCAAGAGUAUAUGAACAAUACAAUGUUCGAACAAUUGACAAGUCAAGUGUGGGUGUUGGAAGUGAAGACUUGGCUCAUUAACAUUUGAAAGGAACCAUUUGUAAAUGACAUAUGCGAUUGCCUUUUCCAGAUAUAGGAGGUUUUAUUAAUCAACUAGCGUUGGCUUCCAUCUUUUUUUUUUCUUUAUAUAAAAGGAUUUAGGGUGGAAAAAUUGGUAUAAGAGGAGAGAGAGAGAGAGAAAGAGGGAGAAUUAGGGGGUUUGAUUGUUGUUGUGCUUUUUGGUUCUUGGCCCUCUUUGGUAAAUUUUUUUUAACCUUGAUUUUACCUUCCAUUUUUUUCCCUAUAUGUACCUUGUGUGGUGGGAGAUUGAAGGUUGGAAAUGUAAAUUCAUAGUAGGUUGCUGGUUCAUGUUGGAUGCAGCUGCCAUGUAAAUUCAUAAAUGAAUGCAUCUGCAGAAUUUUCUA